CAUCGGGUUAUAUCUGCCAUGUUGGUGGAGGACCAUGCUGCCGGCAAUGAGAGCUGUGUGCUGUCUCCGCUUGGGUCGGUGCAUGAGUCAGGCAGCCAUUGGAGGUCCCAGUAGGGAGCAGCGCUUCAUGGUGGUUGGACUGGGCAAUCAUAGCAUGUCUGGCACUAGACACAGUGUGGGCAUGACUGCCAUUAACCGUCUGGCACGGAGGCUGAAUGUCGCUGACCAGUGGAAGACGGACAGACGGACAGGAGCAGAUCUCGUCACCGCCCAGCUGGACGGCGUUCAUCUAGUUUUGAUAAAACCCCGGCAGUUUAUGAAUGUUAAUGGGACGAGUGUGGCUAAUGCAGCUGGAAAGUUCCACCUGAGCCCUGAGAAUAUCUAUCUAUUACAUGACGAGCUGGACAAACCUCUAGGGAAGGUGACCCUGAAGCUUGGAGGGAGCGCGAGGGGCCACAAUGGGGUCCGUUCCUGCAUUGACCACCUGAAAUCAGAUACGAUGACCAGACUGUUGAUUGGUAUCGGACGUCCGGGUGACAAGUCUUCAGUGACCGCAUAUGUGCUUGGACGCUUUACCAAGAGCGAGCAGGAGGCGCUGAGCCCAGUUCUGGAGAAAGGUCUAGACUUGUUACUUGGACACAUCCAAAAACGGACUCGGGCUGCUAGUCCUGUGGCAAAAUCUGUGCCAGUGGAAAACAGAGCAUGAUGGGAGUUACCCUCUAGAAUAUUCAAUUCAUAGACAGCGGAGGAGAAGCCGGCUAAGGUCUAGGACCACAUGUGAAGAGAUUGUAGGGACCACGGUCAUUUUGGUUGGAUCUCUAGUGUAAUCUUCACUACUAGACAGGGCAGGAGGAGAAGUUGUCCAAACUCACAUACCAACUUCUAGGAGUGUUCCUGUGAUAUAUAUUGAUAAUGUACCUCCACCAAUCAGAUAUUGAUAGCAUCUACCAUAUCACUGGUAUGGCUUCAAUGCAUAAAGCUGGAAAACCCCUUUAACGUGUAUCUUAAUCACUUUUUGUAAUAUAUAAUACCUCAGCUUGGUAAGAUAGGACUGGCCGAGGGAUUUCCCAGUCCACACCCCUCCAUCACAGGUUUUUCCCCUAGCCCGAGGUGACCCCAGGUGAGGCCUACCGGGAUCAUAACUGGGGAAUAAAGCAGACCUCAGAAUGCCAGUCUGGGGGAAUGAAGGCUGGAGAUCUGAACUGUGUGGUUGGAGCUUGGUGACUGGCCGAGUGAAGCCUGAUCUCCCCUGGUGUGAACAGGACUCUAUAGGUGAGACCUAGACCGGCAGGUAUUUAUUUUUGCGUUAUUUUAUGCCGUAACUUCACCUCAUCAAGUGACACCAUAACUCGGAUGCUAAUCCGUUAUGCUGAAGUGACGAAAUAAAGGACUGUUUGGACUUUGAAACCCGCAAUCUGUCAUUUCCGACACCACUGCGAGUACAGAUUCCUACAAUAUAUAUGAGCGCUAUCAUGCCUUAUGUGUUCAUAAUGCAAUAGUGCAGAUACUACGAAUAGUAGAUCAAAUGGGCAAAAGCCAUAAACACCUUCAAGGGCAUUUUUUAU